AUGCCAGAAUCCAAGCCGGCAUCACAGACAAUCAUUGACCAGCAGAAAAAGGUUCGUAAGAGCCUCCCAUUCCAUGACAGGGCCGACUAUGUGAACGCGAAAAAGGGCUUUCUAGGCCGUCUCCAGCCCAACGUUGUCACAAACGAAGAUGGUGCCACCAUUUGGAAUAAUGACUCUUACGAGUUCUUAAAUGCCGAGUGUCCGGACACUGCAAAUCCAAGCCUGUGGCGUCAGUCGCAGCUCGCACGCAUGGAUGGUCUCUAUCGUGUCGUUGAUGGCAUUUAUCAAGUACGUGGCGAGGACCUCUCCAACACCACCUUCAUCGAAGGCGAUACUGGCCUCAUCGUUAUCGAUCCCCUCACCUCAGCCGAGGCCGGCGCGGCAGCUCUCGGCCUCUAUCGAGAGCAUCGUGGUGCCACUAGGCAGAUCAAGGCUAUCAUUUACACCCACUCCCACGUCGACCACUUCGGCGGCGUCAAGGGCAUGGUCAGCGAAGCGGACGUCCAACGCCACGGCAUCCAGAUCCUCGCACCCGAGGGCUUCCUGGAGCACGCCGUGUCCGAGAAUGUCUUCGCCGGCACGGCCAUGAGCCGCCGCGCCGGCUACAUGUACGGCGCCGCCCUGCCCCGUGGACCGCGCGGCCAGAUCGGCGCCGGCCUCGGCCAGACCACCGCCACCGGCACCGUCACCCUCAUCGCGCCCACCGUCACCAUCACCUGCACCGGCGAGCGGCGGACCAUCGACGGCGUCGAGAUGGUCUUCCAGAUGGCGCCCGACACGGAAGCGCCCGCCGAGAUGCUCAUCUUCUUCCCGCGGUUCCGCGCCCUGUGCGCCGCCGAGGUCGCCACGCACACCUUCCACAACAUCCUCACCCUGCGCGGCGCCCUCGUGCGCGACCCCCACGGCUGGGCGCGGCACCUCAACGAGGCCAUCGACCUGUGGGGCGGCGAGGCCGAGGUCGUCUUCGCGUCGCAUCACUGGCCGACCUGGGGCGCCGAGGGGCCACAACGCCAAGGCCGUGUACCCGGCAAGCUGGUGGCCGCGGGGCGCGCCGCCCUCGAAGCGGGCGACCUCCGCUGGGCGGCCGAGGUCCUGAACCACGCCGUGUUUGCCGCCCCUGGAGGUGAUGGCGCGGAGGGCCGGGCGGUCCUGGCGGACACGUACGAGCAGCUGGGCUACGGGGCGGAGAACGGGCCGUGGCGGAACUUUUACAUGUCCGGCGCGGCGGAGCUGCGGGCCGGCGGCAGCCUGGGUACGCCGCUGGCGUCGGGGUCGGGGGACAUGCUGGCGCAGAUGACGCCGGAGAUGCUGUUCGAUACCCUGGCGGUGCGGGUUGACGGGCCCAAGGCGUGGGAGGAGAAGGUGUGCAUCAAGGUCGUCCUCACGGACGCCGCGGUCACGUACCACCUCUGGCUGUCCAACGGCGCCCUCAUCUAUACGAGUGCCGAGAAGCUGAUCAAGGCGGACGUGACAAUCACGGGGACGAGUCGUGCGCUGUCGGCCAUUGUCAUACACGGCCUGGACCCUGCCAAGCUGGAGGAGAAAGGGCUGAAGAUCACGGGUGACGGUGGCGCGUUGAGUCGCUUUGGCGCUCUCCUUGAUUCAGGAGACGCCAGCUUUAACAUUGUCACUCCUUGA